AAGCUCGAGUUCUUCAACACUACUUUUCCUUCUUAUGCAGGAUACCCAUUUGCAGUCCCUUUCAUUGAAAAAUUAUCUCAUUACAUUUCCUACGCGCCAAGUUAUGGCUGCUACCGACAAUUCCUCGACACCGACACGAAUGUCGAUUACAUCUUACGACACAGCCCUAUGUGUUAUUCCACCUAGGUCGCAAUGCGGCUACAUUGACCAAUUGCGAGAACUCUACGACAAAGCUUAUGGGAGAUGGCCGCCGCAUAUCAACCUCGUAUAUCCCUUCGUUUCGCCCGAACAUCUUCCACAAGCCCAACAACAAAUUCAGGAUUAUCUGGCAGGACAUCGCGACUCGGCUGAUCCCAUCGAUGCGGCACUGGUUCAAGCGGGGUGCUUCACACAAAAGAACAAAUAUACCGUGUUCCUUUCAGAAGAUGGCAGUAAUCCACCUUCGCCUCUAGAGUCUUUGCGUACAAUGGUUCUGCAAGCUUUAGGUCAGGGCCCUGCUCGAUCUACUUUACACUUGAGCAUCGGUCAAUCGCAGGACAACACCAUGUUUUCGCGAUCGUACCUCCUGGAGAAGGCACGAUUACUACCAGAACUCAAGUUUCGAGUUGGAACGCUUGCUAUCUUAGUACGCGAACGAACAACUGGUUCGGAUGCGACUGAUCACAUGCAUCUUUACGGCACUAUUGAUCUUGGCUCUUCAAGCGAUACCUGCAUAUCUCCCACUUCAGACUAUUGGGUUGAACCCAUCCAUUCAGAUCUGAAACCAACGGAUUCAACAGAGGAUAACAUCGAUCAGUCUACCCGACAAGACAGUGUAGCAUACGAUCGCGGCGUACAAGCUGGAUCAGCUUACUGCUUCGAUGACAACGAAUACAAGUGGUCAAUCUACACAGAUGGAGAUGACAGCGAAUAUGAUGUGGAAAGCCUAACAGUCUCGAGCUAUAACGUCUUGAUAGAUACCGAGUAUCCACCAACACACGAUCGCGACCCAUCGCUUGUGCGUACCAUACUAUCUGAUUCAGCAAUGGCCGAUAUCCUGGUACUGCAGGAAGUUUCAGAUGACUUUCUCACCUACCUACUGGGUGAUUCGGAAGUUCAGCGGAGAUACCCAUUUGCCUCACAUGGCCCACCCCAUCAGCCCGAUAUUGGACCUCUUCCUAGUCUGAGGAACAUCGUUAUCCUCAGCCGCUAUGCUUUCAGCUGGAAGUCUGUGCCUUUCCAUCGCAAGCAUAAAGGGGAUAAGUCUAUCACCGAGGAAACUGUAGAUGCCUUGUCUUCCAUAGAGGCAGCUAUCAGUGAUGCUGGAUUAUUGGAUGCAUGGUCGGUCGCUCGAAUUGAAGCAGUCGACCAGACAGCCCCCAGUGACGGUGAAGUUCUAUACGAAGGUGAAGAAGGAGCUACCUUCGACCCACAAAACAACAGGCUUGCUGCAGGAACCACUACCACUUCGCAUGAUCGACCACAGCGCUAUGACCGAAUACUCGUCCGCUCACAAGACGUACUCAGCGUCGCCCGGUUCAAUCAUUUCGGGCUUCCUGAGGUUGUUGAUGGUGCUCAGAUCUUCGCUAGCGAUCAUUAUGGAGUCAGAACAAAAUUGAAGAUUACUGACGGUACUGUGAUCAGCAGCGCGACUGGCGUUGAAUACAUGGAGAAAACCAUUGUUGAACAUAAGCGAGUAGGCACGACCUUGUCGGAGUCGUCAAGUAUAACUUCAGCGCUUGCGGCCCAUGGCAUGUUUCCGACUGAUGAGCAGACAAGACAGCAUCAGGAUGCCUUCGAAACCUUCCGGCAGAUCUUGCUCGGUACUCUGGACGCUACUGAGGAUUCAAUACAGCCUGAAAUACCAUUUGUGAUGGUGCCAGUGGGCUCGUACGCAUUGGGUGUUUGGACAUCUGACUCAGACAUUGAUUGUCUUUGUAUUGGAACCAUCAGCUCCAAGACUUUCUUCAAACUUGCUCGGCAACGAAUCAUCAAGUCCGAUAACCGGGGAGUGCGAAUUUUGAGAAAGGUCGAAGCUAGCACUGGCACUAUGCUUGAGCUUUCCGUCAACGGGGUAUUGAUGGAUCUUCAAUACUGUCCUGCAACACAAGUCGUCGAGAGGUGGUCUGAGUUCCGCAAUAUCCCAGCAUCUGACCCUAUCUUCAACCUUUCGCUCCUCUCACUUCGCAAGCUUAAACCGUACCGCGAUUUACUAUACAUCCAGCGCACGCUACCAUCCCUGUCCUCAUUUCGCCUAGCAUAUCGCUGUAUCAAGUUGUGGGCUGUUCAGCGUGGUCUCUACUCUGCAAAGUUUGGCUUCCUAGGUGGUGUUCACAUUACGCUCAUGCUCUCUUGGAUCUGCAAGCGACUCGCGUACGAUUCCGGUUCAGCCAGCGCCGCUGAUCUGGUUACGAGCUUCUUCCAUCACUAUGGACAAUUUGAUUGGACGAACGAAAUGGUCUACGAUGUCUUUUUCCAUAAGAAGAGGCCACGCUACAAUCGUAGUGCAAGAGAGCCAAUGGUGGUCCUAGGUUUCCAUGCGCCAAACUCAAACAUCGCGCACACGUCAACUGUGCCUGGCCUUCAAACAUUAGUCAAGGAAUUCAAGGCUGCAGGCGAACGGCUGUGCGAACAAGGGAUGACAUGGGAUGCAUUCUUUGGCCUAGGACCAACCUUGUCUUCAGUAUCAAGCCCCUCGCUUGGAGCUGCUGGAUUUCUGGAAACUUACCAUAAUUUUGUCAAGGUUGACAUUCAGUUCUGGGGCCGUACUUUGACCAAGGGCAAGAGUUUGGUUGGUUGGGUUGAGUCACGAUGCAUCUCACUUAUCGUGGAAAUCCACAAGACAUUGCCAAACUCCGAAGUACGGAUCUGGCCAGGUCGGUUCACAAACAACGAAACGAGUGCUGCCGACGAAAGCAGAGACUACCACGGUUGUUACCUUAUUGGUCUCUCGAAAGCCACCAAUUUUACCUCUGUCGAUGCUCCCGAUGACAAGCAAGCGGCUAAGCAAGCCUUGGAGAAAGUGAUCGACCGCUUCCUAACGCAACUCCGGACCGACGAGAAGAACUACGAUUCGAGCAACUGCUGGAUCGAUGCCUCAUUAGUAAGGUCCCGUAAUGUUAAAGAGCUGCGGCUAGAUUCCCGGGAGUGGGGUGAAUACGCUAUGGAGAUGGAAUCAGACUCAGACGACGAGGAAGAUCUGGACGAAGAUGAAGAAGACAAUGAGGCCACCAAGCCUCAGCGUGCGAUACCUCAACGCCCAAAGCCGACUUCAACCCCUCUCUCGAAGACCAAGUUACGCCCCGCAUCUGAUGUUCUCAACCGCUUACGUUGGGAUCCAAGUCUCGACCCGAGUGACUACAUCAUUGGAUACGAAGACCGUUUCCUAGGCGCAAAAGAAACCGGUCUUGAGAAAUGGAAGACUGAACAAACUGAUGAAGAGUUCAUCCCGCAACAUCGUAUACUGUACUUCAAGAAGAAAGGGGAUGAUGGAAAUGGUGAGGUGGUGUGGGAGAGAGCAACACGGAUAGACAAGAUCUUUGGGAGUGGUCUUGGUGCUGGAGAGCUCAAGUCGCGAUGAGGUGUUGUACGGAAUCUAAGUUCGAUACCCAAUCAUUGCCUUGCACCAUCUAA